AUGAACCUCACCGUGAACCUCACCAUGAACCUCACCAUGAACCUCACCGUGAACCUCACCAUGAACCUCACCGUGAACCUCACCGUGAACCUCACCAUGAACCUCACCAUGAACCUCACCGUGAACCUCACCAUGAACCUCACCGUGAACCUCACCGUGAACCUCACCGUGAACCUCACCAUGAACCUCACCAUGAACCUCACCAUGAACCUCACCGUGGACCUCACCGUGGACCUCACGUGGACCUCACAGAGGACCUCACCUUGGACCUCACCCUGA